CACGUGGGGCGCCGAGGAUCGCAGUGCGCGUGGCCGCGGCGGCUGGUGUGGGGUUGAGUCAGUUGUGAGACCCGGAGCUGCGGACCGGCGGGCGGCCCAGCGAGCCGGCGACAGAGCGGCGGGCGUCGGGUUCGGGAGCCGAGCGCUGGCCCCGCGUCGAGCCGGGUCGAGCCGCGCCGCCGCCGCCGCCGCCGCCGGCCCCCGCCCGCAGCCAGCGACCAGCCGCGGGCGCGCCCCCGCUCUGCGCUGUCUCCGAUGGCGUCCGCCUCCGGGGCCAUGGCGAAGCACGAGCAGAUCCUGGUCCUCGACCCGCCCACAGACCUCAAAUUCAAAGGGAUUGUCCCAGCAGCUGGGGAUACAGCUGCACGUAGAACAGAGACCCAGUCUUCGUGGAGCUUACAUUCACUCGAGUCUGAGAUUUCAGUGUGUUUGGGGAAAAAACAUAGUAAAGGCCCCUUCACAGAUGUAGUCACUACAAAUCUUAAGUUGCGAAAUCCAUCGGAUAGAAAGGUGUGUUUCAAAGUGAAGACUACAGCACCUCGUCGGUACUGUGUGAGGCCCAACAGUGGAAUUAUUGACCCAGGGUUGACUGUGACUGUUUCAGUGAUGUUGCAGCCGUUUGACUAUGACCCCAAUGAGAAGAGUAAACACAAGUUUAUGGUACAGACCAUCUUUGCUCCUCCAAACAUUUCAGAUAUGGAAGCCGUGUGGAAAGAGGCAAAACCUGAUGAAUUGAUGGAUUCUAAAUUGAGAUGUGUAUUUGAAAUGCCCAAUGAAAAUGAUAAAUUGGGUAUCCCUCCGCCAGGGACGGCCCCAGCUGUCGUCCCGCUGAGCAGCUUCAACAGCACAUCCGCAGCACCUGCCAGUUAUAGCGCGAAGAAUGAGCCCAGGGGACUCAGUGUGUUCAAACAGGAGAAACAGAAGAACGACAUGGAAGCCAGCAAAGCCGCUCCCCUGAACGCUGCAAAGCAGGACGGGCCGGUGCCAAAGCCGCACAGUGUCUCCCUCAACGACAGCGAGACGAGGAAGCUCAUGGAGGAGUGCAGGAGGCUCCAGGGAGAGAUGAUGAAGCUGUCAGAAGAAAACCGACACCUGAGAGAUGAAGGCUUAAGGCUCAGGAAGGUAGCACAUUCGGAUAAACCUGGAUCCACCUCAGCUGCAUCCUUCAGAGAUAAUGUCACCAGUCCUCUUCCUUCACUUCUUGUUGUAAUUGCAGCCAUUUUCAUUGGAUUCUUUCUAGGGAAAUUCAUCUUGUAGAGUGAAGCAUGCAGAGUGCUAUUUCUUUUUUUUUCUCUUGACCAGAAAAAGAUUUGUUUACCUACCAUCUCACUGGUAGUGUGGCCCACGGUGACCAUUCUUUAUGUGUACAGCGUCAUAUAGGCCUCGCCUGUAAUGGUCUCACGGUUAGAAACACAGUAAGAGCAGAGUGUUGGGCUCCCAGACAGCGUGAGCGUCACCAGACCAUCCCUAGCAGGUGUCAUUGCACAUUCAGCCCCUUUAUGAAAUUCAUAAAUAAAGAAUUGUUCUUUCUUUGUGGUUUUAAUAAGAGUUCAAGAAUUGUUCAGUCUUGUAAAUGUUAUUUUAAUAAUCCCUUUAAAUUUUAUCUGUUGCUGUUACCUCUUGAAAUAUGAUUUAUUUAGAUUGCUAAUCCCACUCAUUCAGGAAAUGCCAAGAGGUAUUCUGUGGGGAAAUGGUGCCUCUUACAGUGUAAAUUUUCUCCUUUACCUUUGCUAAUAUCAUGGCAGAAUUUUUCUUAUCCCUUGUGAGGCAGUUGUUGACUGAGUUUUUCAUCCUUCCAAUCCUGUCCCAUGGUAUUUAACACAAAAAUAAUAAAACUGUUAACAGAUUCUUGCUCGA